GGAUCAUCUGAUGUUGCAGCUUGGCGCAAAGCCGAUGCGUGCGGAGGUGCCACCUCUGCCCCGUUCUCUGCCGCCUGCCAACAUGAGCCAUCCGAACAGCGCGGUCAAGGUCAUGUCUUACAACCUGAUGGGAUGGUCCUCUUUCAAUGCGAACACUUGGAAGGGUGACAAUGUUUUGGGCAAGAUCAACGCAUGGAAUCCUGACCUCCUGGGAGCUCAGGAAGUCGAGAAGGGUGGCCAUGGCUACCAGGAGGUCGAGGAGUUGGUCAUGGCAUCCACCGGAUUGAACUUUGCCGGUGGUAGCCUCUUGGCCAUCACUUUGGCGUGA